AUGUCGGAGCCCGGUGCCCCCGCGGCCGGCGACAAAGCGCCCCGGCUCCAGGACCGCGUCCUGGGUGGGGUGCGCUGGGGCCGCCUCCUGGAGCCCCUGGGCUUCAUCAAGGUGCUGGAAUGGCUCUUCGCCAUCUUCGCCUUCGGGGCCUGCGGCUCCUUCUGCGGCGAGACCGGGGCGACGGUGAAAUGCGACGGCGAAACCAAAGAGAUGAGCGCCAUUUCUGUCCAGUUCGGGUACCCCUUCAGGUUAUACCAGAUCCCCUUUGAGAUGCCGGACUGCGAGGGCGAGUCGGAGACCCGCACCCUGCACCUCGUCGGCGAUUUCUCCGCUCCCGCCGAAUUUUUCGUGACCCUGGGGGUCUUCUCCUUCCUCUACGCCAUGGCGGCUCUGGUGCUUUACCUCCGCUUUCAUUCCCUCUACGGCGAAAAUAAGAAGCUCCCCUUCGCGGAUUUCUGCGUCACCGUCUGCUUCGCCUUCUUCUGGCUGGUGGCGGCGGCGGCGUGGGGCAAGGGGCUCACCGACGUGAAGGCGGCCACGCGGCCCGCCAGCCUCAUCGCCGCCAUGGGGGUCUGCCAGGGCCCGGAGGUGGUCUGCAACGCCGGCGCCACGCCGGCCAUGGGGCUGGCCAACAUCUCCGUGCUCUUCGGCUUCAUCAACUUUCUGCUGUGGGCUGGGAACUGCUGGUUCGUGCUGAAGGAGACGUCGUGGGGGGCGCAGCCUGGGCCCCCCGACAGCGCCGCCGAGCAGGGUGCCAUCGACAAGCAGUAG